AUGGCGUCGCGAGUGGUGGUAUCUGGGGACGGGAGAGAGGUGCAGUGGGUGCAGGCUGGGCGGUGUGUGCGGCGGUUCGUGUACGCAGAACGCGUCGUGGACGCCGGGUUCGUCACAUUCGAGAAAGUGAACCACUGCUUCGUGGUUGUCAGGAGGCGUGCGGCACACGUGUACUACCUGGACUCCGGGGAUAGUGUCACUGCUUGCUUCCCGUUCCCGAUCCGUAAGGCGUUCUGGUACAGGCAUGGACUUGUGUUGGAGGCCGCGGACCGCGGAGAUGCGGAUGCGGAUGCGGGUGUGGGUGUGGACGGGGAUGCGGAUACAGAUGUGGGCGGGGAGUACAGGUUCAUCACGUUUACGGACCCAGUGGCUCCCUUUGGGAGGCUUUCGUUUGCCUCUGCCGGUGGGAAGGGUAAACUGGCGGCUCAUCUGCGGGACUCGGAGAUGCUGCUCAUACCGAGAGACGCGUCACACAGUGUCACCGUGCUGUACAACAAAUGCGAAAACCAGUUGUACUUUUACUUCACAAGAGUGCUGUCCUCUUCGUCAAGCCAGGUCAGUAGUGCCGGUGCUGGUGCCGGUACCAAUGCUGGCACCACCGUGAACAACCACACAGAAACAAACAACGCAACCUUGAGAAGAGCACUUUCGAACAGUAGGAGAACAACGUCGACCAAUGGCACGCUUGACAUGAUGCUGGGGAACAUCGAGAAAAUGGACCCGAGCAUCAACAACAAGAGAAGCGUAUCGGCCACUUUGGACAGAAUGAGCAACUCCAACCCUGCCUCGGCAAGUCUCGAGUUUGGGCAGCACCAGAUGCAGCCAGAACAACCACAACUACAGGCACACCAGCCCAUUCUCGCGAAGGAUAUAUCCCUCAUAGAGAUAUCAAGGAUGGAACUCCCAGCAUACACCCAUAAACAGGAUAUAGACCUUAAAUGCAUCGCACUGCGUUUCAAGCAACAGGAGGCUGUGCUAAUCUUUGACCAGUCCACUAAAUUUGCUAAACUCUGGCUCAUCGACAUGAUCCCAGAUGUCGUCGAGUCAAUCUCCUUCAAAGUUUACGGGGACUCGCCACCAAAUCUCAUUAAACUAGCGAACAUUGACGUCGCCAAUCCUAUAGACACCGUAUUGGAACAGCCGGAGGCCGAUGUGCAGGGCACAUUUAUUCUCAAAUUCCAAGAUGCAAGAACGGAUUCCUUUGCGAUAUACAACCCGUUCUUAAAUUUACUCUCCCCAAUGUUCAUCUCAGAGAGAGCUACACAACAGGUGAGUGAAACGGAGGACACAUUUCCUCAGGACUCAAUACAACUCCAAUUAGAGAAGAUAACGUUUUACCCACGGACGCAGCUCACUAAACUAUGCUUCCAAGCGCUGAGCUGGAUUUGCCCCGAUUACAUCCACUACUCUUUGCUCAUGCUUUGGCAGUACACUUUGAACAGUUUCCAAGAACCAGUGGCUACUUUAACGAACCAAAAUGAUAUCCUGAAGGAGUUCCAUACACUGACAUACAUUUUGAGAAACCUUUUCUUCUCUAUCGCAAACGAAGACGUGCCAGAUGAUAUUUGCAACAUGCCACUGUAUCAGGGGCUCCUCGACAAGGGCAUUACCGAAAUAAAUUUACUCCUCCCCAAGAUUGUCAUGGGACUCCAACUGAUCAGGGAGGAGCUCUCGUUGAACAUUUUAUGUCGCAAAGAGCUUGAACUUUUGAACGAGUUCUUGCUUGGUGCAGUUCACACAAUGGAUUGGCCGCAGUCCUGGAAAACUUACUACCAAAAUAAUGCAUUUGAGGCGAAGGAUGGUGGGAUGACAUCAGCGACAGUGGGCGGCAAUUUUUUUGCCCAACCACUGGACGAACCGCCAUCGAUACUAAAAUCGCUAUACAGCAUAACUGAGGGGAGCGAAAUCGCGUUAACGCCCUUCAUCGGGUUUUCUGGUCUUGUCGACUGCCAAGAGGAUAUAGACUUGAUGAUUACACCUAGGUGUUUCAAAGUACUGAGAUUAUACGAGCUGAUUCACGCUCCAGGUUUUGUUAGCAUGUACAUCCUAGAGAUCUUGACUCGGUUGGAUAUCGGAAACAAAGAGAUAAACACUUAUCCACUGGGCAUAAUGACACCAGUAAGAAAGAUCUUGCAAAAAGUUGAAAACGGAAUAUUGCAACCGGAUAUCCACAUGAAUCUGUCCCUCGUGUCCAGACCGGACAUCGAACGACCCAUAAAGCUGAUGACCAAGAAAAGGUUCGUCAGUAAUGAGAGAGACAAGGAGGUUACUCUACUGCGACCCACAUUGUCGGGAAGCGCGUUCUACGGUAAAAAUUUGAAAAGACGCCCCCCAAAGGACGUUUACUCAUUGGUAACUGAUGUAGUGAAGGAUACAAUGUCUGCAGACGGUUACAGCGGUAGCACAAAUGGCGAACUGCUAGCGAUUUCGUCCAACGAGGCCGUAAACAGUGUAUCUAUCAAGCAAAACACAGAGCUCAUUUUCCCUCACGACCAAAGGUUUAAACACGUUUUGUCCCUCUUGGAAUCAGCGACUCCGAGCAGAAUCCAGUUUUACACGGCAGAGACAGAAUACAGUAGGAUAUUGCCCAAGAAAAAAAUAUUUGGCAAAAUAAUAGCCUUAAGAACUUUGACGUCAGGAGUAGGCCGUGCGGCAGUAAAUUACUCAACAGAACAGCCAAUAACUUCCGAAAAGUGGCAUAUCGAAGAUUUAAAUUACGUCACUAUAUUCCCGGACGGUUCAAAACUGAUUACCCCCAUUGAAGAAUUCAACAAAGAUGUUUUACACUGGGGGGAAUUCCACAAUGGUGUUGCAUCUGCGUUAAAAAUCUCCAAAAAUACCCGUGGGAUAAACGGCAGCUGGAUAGCCUUGAACAAGCCAGCAGUUUUGAACGCCACACACGGAGGGUUCCUGCUAGGGUUAGGACUGAACGGGCACUUGAAGGACCUGGAAGAAUGGCACAUUUAUAACUAUCUGAGUCCGAAAGAAACUCUAACGAGUAUUGGCCUUUUGCUAGGUAUGAGUGCAAGUGCCAAGGGAACCCAAAACCACAAGCUGAUCAAAGUGUUGGCGGUUCACGUAGUCGCGUUGCUUCCAGAAGGAUCGAGUGACCUGAACAUAAAUAUAAGGGUUCAGAUAGCUGGGCUCAUUGGAAUGGGUCUACUUUACUUAAGGUGCCAUAGCAGAAAACUUACUCUAUCAUUGUUGCCAGAACUUAAGUCUUAUAUCAAAGUUGGUGACGAUAUGGUUGCUGAUGAAGGAUACAGGAUGUCAGUGGGUAUUGCAAUAGGUUUAAAUAAUCUGGCAGCACCAAACAUCCAGGACUUUCCGAACGGGGACGAGGAUUCUUUUGACGAUAGCGGAACUUUUGGUUCAAAAUCCAAUGAACAGAAAAUGCUGCUUUCUGAUCACCAAGGGAUCCAACAAAACAACGCAUUUGACACAGAAUUGGUCCAAGAACUUCUCGACAUUAUAAUUAAAACUUACGAUAAAGAAAUGCCUUGGAUACCUGAAAAUGCACAAAUCGGGGCACUACUAGCUUUGACCUUCAUGCUUCUCAAAAGUAACAAUAGCGCAAUUUCUUCAAAGAUUCGUGUUGAAAUUCCCAAACCCUCACACAAUGCCUACUGCCGGCCUGAGAUAUUUUUGCACCGAGAGUGGGCGUACUAUAUGAUUGAAUGGGACUCAAUCAGGGUCGACAUUGGGUUUCUGUUGGAUGGUAUUAAUGCUGAUUCUUUGCAAGAUAUGAACAGCACGUUUCUUCCAAUAUACUAUACAAUUGCAGGGAGAGCGCUCUCUAUGGGGGUGAGGUAUGCUUCAACUGGUAAUAUCACGGCACGAAAUAGCAUUCUUUUGAUUCUUGAUAAAUUUCUUCCCCUUUACCAUUAUCCAGGGCGUUCCAACUCCGUGGACUUUCAAUUGACUAUUAAGGGGAUAACAGUAAUAGUCAACGUUCUUCUAGUUUCUUUAGGUAUGAUAAUGUGUGCCACCGGUGAUAUUGAAGUGUUGCGAAGGGCCAAGUAUCUGCAUGAAACUGUUACGGGCAAGAAUUCUGACCUAUACAAGAAAAGAAAGACAAGCGACAAUACUGACAAUAACGUGGAGGAAUCCGGCACCGACUAUAGCAUCAGUGGUGUUGAACCCAUCCUGGAAGAAGUUCCGGACCUUGAAGGUCAAACUAAUGAGGCCGAUGAGGCCGAUGAGUUUUUUGAUCCCUCCGCCAAAUUUGACCAAGAUUUGGACAACGAGAAUCAUUAUGGGAAGUACAUCGCAACGAACAUGACUCUCGGGUUUUUGUUUUUGGGAUCAGGUCAGUUUGCGUUGAAAACGUCCGACCCUGAAAGCGUGGCAUAUUUGAUACUGUCAGUGUUGCCUGUUUUUAUGAGGCCAUAUCCGCUGCAAGAAUUAAAACAUUUCUGGUGCAUGGCCAUUGAACCGAGGUGUCUGGUAGUCAAGGAUGUCAUAACUGAAAAACCGAUAAAUGGUGUUCAAGUUGAAGUGACAUUGCAUUCAGGUGAAUUAUUGAAGUUUAAAAGUCCCUGUUUACUCCCUGAUAUACAAACGAUUGCAAAGCUUUCCUUGCGUAUGAACCGCUACUUUCCCUUAGAGUUCACCUUUAACAAUGAUUUCCCCGUGGACGAAUUUUUCAAAAUGGGACUGGUUAUUUUUAUUCAGCCAAAGGAUGAGAAUUAUGAUGAGGAGCCAACGGAGGAGGACAUUGGACUGUCCCUGAUUCGCAAAAUUGACGAGUUGGGGGUACGGGACGAUGAAAGUGACGUUGUGAAUUUCUCCAAAAAUCUUUUCGAUAGUCUAGGCAUCAGAGAUAUAACUAUGCUGGAGCUGAAAAAGACUUUGAACGAUAAUAUUGGGUCUGCAAAAACCUUCCAGGACUAUGAUUUGGAAAUGUUAUGUUCGGACCGCAACGUAGGUGACAUUGUUGACUAUCAGAACGAACUCUGGAAGUUUAAGCACAGUACGCAAUAA